GAUUCCUCCUGAAUUUAAUGUUCUUAACUAGUGUCUAUGGAUAUGAAUGGUUUUCAAACAACCCAAAUAUUAAGCCUAGCCAAGUCAAGUUUGCUGGCCUCUAGUUUUAGCUUUAGCUUGUUGUGUUUAAAAAGAAGUGUAUCCGAUGAGUGCAGCGAGUGUACUUUACAGCAGCUAAUUUGUUUAUAGUUCUUCAUCAUUGUUGAGAGUGUUGUACUAAACUAUAUGUAAAUUAAAUUUAACAACGUGGGGGGUUCAAUCAAUUCAAUUAAUAAUGUUUAUUGUUGUCAGGUAGUGGACUUAAAAUCGAAUCCAAUCUAUAUCAAAUAGUAACUAAUUGAUGUCUUGACUUUCUGUCUCCUAAUCCAAAUUUAUCAGCUGUGUAAUAGGUAAACAUAAAGAAGGAUGAACAUAUAAGCCAUUUUGUUUACCAUCCUCUGGAUCUUCAUGGAGCCUGCUCAAGAGCUGCAACAAGAUACUCAAGCCGAUGACAGAGAGCAAAACUCAAAUAAAGGCACUUUUGUUACCAACCUAAUGAAACUUCCUAGACUCAAACAUUACAAGUGGUGGCUUCGUAUUGCCUCUUACUCCUUCUUUCUUAUUGCCGGCCAGACUGUAGCAACUCUCUUGGGAAGAUUAUACUUUGAUCAAGGUGGGAAUAGCAAAUGGAUGGCAACAUUUGUUCAAUCAGCUGGCUUCCCAAUAUUACUUCCUCUCCUAUUCUUCUUCUCGCCAUCGUUAAGAUCCUCUGCAAUCACCACCUUAAACACUUCCUCUACAAAAUUGCCACCUCUCUCCACCCUUGCCUUUCUCUACUUUGCUUUUGGCCUAAUGUUGACAGGUAACAACCUGAUGUAUUCAUAUGGACUCUUUUAUCGAAAGCUCUACAUGAAAGAGGCAGUUUCUGUGCGCAACGCCUUCGCCGCCGCGCACUCUUCUUACGCCACGUAUCUCAAGAACACCGACGCCGCCCUUAGUGACUAUGCUCACGGCGAGGUUUCUCACCACCACCACCACUCGCACUUGGCCCUGCAUCUCCCUUCUUUGUCUGCUGCUUCUCCUACUCAUCCUCCUCCACCGCUCACUGUCCCUUCAUCCUCCGCCUCCGCCCCAAUCUGA